AUGGCCAAUGCGAACGCCGAGGGCGACGCCAGCUUUCUCGCACAGUUACUAGCUGUGCGGCAGUCAGGGGGAGGAGCUGGUGUAGGGGGAGUAUUUGAGAGAAUUAACGGACUCGAAGAAGCAGUCACGAUCCUUCAGUCAGAUAUGGUAGAUGCUAAAAAACAGUUACUGGAGAUGACUUUGUCCCUAGAGAAUAUUAAGCGUGACAAAGAUAACCCCAAAUUGGAUCUUGAAAUGCAAGAAUUACGACAAAGAGUUCACGGACUGGAAACCCAGCUCGACACUUGGGGGCAUUUUGAAGACGAAUCCAUUCGAAGCAUACCGGAUCAAUUGGAGGGCCUUGGUGACUGUGACAUUAACGAUGGAGAUAGGAUUGCCAGUACAGAAGAUAUCUACACAGCUGAGAUGGGAAGUGAAGCAAAAAAGGAUGACACGGAGGUGACAGGAGCUAACAAGGGGGAACCUGACACUGAGGAGAAGUUUUCUGCCAUAUUAAAACGACCAAUGACAGAAAAGUCGAAGAAAGUUCUUGUUGAUUGCAUCGGCCUUCUUGGAAACCACCCAGACCUGAACAGCGUAAUUGGAGUACUGUUUGAAAACAGCAUCCUCUCCGCGUCUGAGUUGAUGCGUUUAGAAUCCGUACAGACGACAGCUGAACAGAGUAAAAUAUUACUAACGAAGAUAUUGCCCGCGAAGGCAGAAGGAGCAUUCUGGGGUUUUCGAAAAGCUUUGGCUUCAUUACCCCAUACAGAAUUUUUGAUUGGUAUCUUGGACGAUAAAUUACGUUGUAUCUUCCUGGAACUAACAGCUGAGGUCAAGAGAGCAUUUGGGAGGUCAGUAAGGAACGCCCCUGCGGCCAGUCAGGAAAUCCAUCAACAAUUGCAAAAGUUAACCCCCGAAUUGGUGCAGGUCAUGGAGCACUUGGGCCUCAUUGUAUCCCGAAUAAGACCCGGAAGUAUCAAAAUCGAUCUCGUAUUUUGGAAUAUUGAACAGCUGGACAAGUUUUGGACAUGGCUUCACAGCAGACAGAGGUCACCACUGUCUGAUGCCUUGUCUCGCGUGAUUUUGACGGAUGAGGUUCGUGGUUUAGUGCCAGACGAUGAGCUAGUGGUCAUGCUUAGUUCUUCUCUGGAUUGGAAUGGCUAUAUGGCGGCAAGAAAACGUCUUCUAGCAGAUACCUUGUCCAAAGUGGCCAGGGACGACUUAUACUUUGAAUGCCAAAAACUGCACACAGAGGUAAAGAUCAGUCCAUAUCUGACCGUCUUUGGUGACGUCACCCGAUACUCUGACGUUUCUCCCAAGGACCUGGUGCGCCUGGCCUGCGCCAACGGGUACCCGGAUCUCAUUCCUAGACUUCAGUCUAAUUUCCCGCUGGAGUUGUCCGAUUUCACAGCGAAAGACGUCAGAUUGGAGCGUGCUCGCGAGUUGGCCAGAAUACGAGAGAAAAUGCACCGCGUUAAAGUAUCCAAAUUGAUUGACAGAAUCGGAAAGAAAGAUGCUGAAAUCAGUUCACUUGAAGGGGAAUUAAAAGAAGUGCGGUUGAAGUGUAUUUCCCUUGAAGUUGCAUUGGAAGAUCAAAGUGACAGGGGUUUGCGGACUGUUUUAGAAAAUAAAAAUGCUGAAAUUGCACGUAUUAAAAAAAUGUAUGAUGAAGAAAAGAAAAAAGCGACGAAGUUAGAGUCUGAUCUUGACUUGGCAAACAAAGAGAAAGCUGGCUUGAUGAAGCAACUUCAUUCGAAAUCUAUUGGUUUUCAAACUGAUCGAGCGAAUCAGCCAAACGUUCUGGUUGGUAAAGCACCAUUACAGGACGAAGAGCAAAUACUUGUCAAUUUUAACGAAGAAGCCCUACAGGAUGUUGGUAGAUCACGCGAAGGUUUGGGAAGAAAGCAGUCGCGGGAGCAAUUGACAAAUAUCGCAAAAGGAGAAGUUACCAGUGAAUAUCCACAUGCGUCGUCUAAUAUUGAUGAUCCUCGUGAAGAUUCCAAGAGCCCCCAAGCUGAGGCGAGCCUGUCCCAAAAUGAGCAACCGUUGACUGCCCAGGCAGAGAAAACUACCGCUCCAUUGACAGCAACUCAAAAUAGAGGAAGAAACGUUGUACGUCCAGACGGAAGGUCCAACGGUCUGGACACUGUGCUCCUGUUGGACACCUCUGGGAGCAUGGCCGGAGAGGCCUUUGACCAGAUGAUACAGGCCGUGAAAAGUAUCCUGGACAAUAUGGAGUACAGUGCUGACAUCUAUGGUUUCACUGAGAACGUCUCUCUCAUUACUGUUGGCGGAUAUAGACAGUCACGUGUCCUAGUAUCCCUGUCAUGUGACUAUCAAAGAGCCAGGAGGAUUCUGGAAACUUUAAAAUCUGAGGGAAUGUCACCGUUAGCACCUGCCAUUCAGGAAGCACAGAGGGAAAUACAAAGGAACGGUGCUUCACUCCACGUGUCCGGCCGCAAGGUGGCGCCCCGUAUUUACGUAUUUACAGACGGCAUACCAAGUGACGAAGAUGAAUAUCGUACCUCUGACCUUACGGAGGGAAAUAUGGCCAUGACCAUGCUUAUGGCAGAACGCGAAUUUUAG